GAGUCAGUGACGGAGGGAGCGGAGUCAACUUCCGUUUCCAGAGCGGAACUUCUAGGCGCGCGGUCCCAACUGACUUCCGGCGAAGGGCCGCCACCCGGAAGUGGCAGCGGACGCGUCUAUUUCCGCCGCCUCGGUCGCGCGGGGAGUGGAGGGGGGGACUCGGUGACCUUUGAUCCCUGAGGGGCGGGGCCCGCAGCGCCCGCCAUGGGGCCGGCGGAGAAGGUGCCGCGCUACGAGGCCUUCGUCAGCGACGUGCUGCAGCGAGACCUGUGGCGGGUGCAGCAGCAGCGGGAGGAGGUUUACGAGAAGAUCACUCAGCACAUGUGGCUGAAGACCGUCAUUGAGCGUUUGCAGGAGGCGGGCGGCCGAGCGGUGCAGACGCAGGUGGAUCUGGGCUAUAACUUCUUUGUCAACGCGGACGUGCCUGACACCUCCAGGAUCUUCGUGGCCCUCGGCUACGGGUUCUUCGCGGAGCUGACGCUGACGGAGGCGCUGCGCUUCGUGGAGAGGAAAACCAAGUUACUGAUCGAGCUCAGCGAAUCCCUUGCCAAGGACUCGGCCAAAAUCAAGGCCAAUAUCCGGAUGGUCUUGGAGGGCCUGCGGGAGCUCCAAGGCUUCCAGGACCUGCCUGAGGCCCCCAGACGAGACCUCGCCCACUAGGACCCCCACCCCCGACUCUGCUCACUGGGGGGGGCAGGGAAUCCCAGGGGGGCGCUGGGGGAAUCCCCACCCCCUCCUGCUGGGUUUACCUGUCCCAUGGGGGCCAGGACUCCUGGGUUCUCUCCCUGGUUCUGUUCCUCCCCCCCGCCCCCAGCCAGUCUCACCCCUCGUGCUGCCUCGGUUUCCCCUGCUGGCCCUGGCUGCAGCCUCCUGUCAUCUCCUUUCGACUGUGAAAAUAAAGCCUCCGACUCGG